AUGGGACCUAGAUUCGACCUGGUUAUUGUCAACGGCACAGUGGUCACGGCUAGUGAUAUUAGCACGUAUUGUAUUGGAAUCAAAGAUGGAAAGAUUAAGGCUCUUUCAUACGCAUUUGAUCAAGAUGAAAUUGAGGGGGCCGAAAUCAUAGAUGCCGAGGGUGCAUAUGUCAUGCCCGGUGGUAUCGAUGCUCAUGUCCAUCUAUGCCAAAACUUGAAAACAGGACCCCAUGGCCUCGGCGGCGAAUGCGCUGACAACUUCGACACUGGCUCGAAAAGUGCAGUGGCCGGCGGUACUACCACAAUAAUCACAUUCGCGACACAGACACGUGCAGAAGAAGACCGAAGUCUCAUUAAAGUCGUCAAAGAAUAUAAUGCGCGCGCCGAGUCCACUGGCAGUUACGUCGAUUAUGGGUUUCACAUUAUUAUUGUUCGCAACGACGCCGAUGUUCUAGAAAAUGAGUUGCCGGUAUUGAUAAAGGAUUGGGGCAUUAGCAGCUGCAAGCUUUUCUUGACGUAUGAAACUCAGCGUUUGACAGAUUCGCAACUUUUGGAUAUUAUGUUUGCGGCGAGGAAACAUUCUAUUACGACUAUGAUCCACGCGGAAAACGGCGACAUGAUUGGGUGGUUGACUGAUAAGCUUGAAGCCAAAGGAAUGGUUGCACCCUACUAUCACGCUCUGUCCCGGCCACCGAUUGCAGAAGGCGAAGCCACCAACCGCGCCAUUUCACUCGCAUCAUUGAUUCAAAACCCCAUUCUAUUUGUCCAUGUUGGAUCAGCUCUGGGAGCGGCCAAUGUACGCCGGGCACAAACCAUGGGACUUCCAGUCUAUGCAGAGACAUGUCCGCAAUAUUUCAACCUCACAUGGGACGAUCUUAAACGCUUUCAUUCACCUACAUGCUUCGAAAACAGCAAGAUGAUCUGCUCGCCACCUCCUCCACCAGAUACAAACGACCACGAAGAGCUUUUUGUGUCUCUUCAAAACGGCACCUUCACCAUCUACUCCUCCGACCACUGCCCGUUCCGCUACGACCACCCAAAUGGAAAGCCAUCCGGUGUCCUCGAACACACACCAAGCAUGGAAGGCGAGAAGCACGACUGUCACGGCGAAGAAUUACAAGAUUUGCUCAUGCGCAAGAACGGCGCAUUCCGACUUGUCCCCAACGGUAUCCCUGGUGUAGAAACUCGGUUAUCGCUACUUUUUACGGGUGCAUUGGCGACGGGACGAAUUACGCCUCAGAAGUUUGUUGAGUUGACAUCUACCAAUCCCGCUAAGUUGUAUGGAUUGUAUCCCAAAAAGGGAGCUUUGAUGCCUGGCUCUGAUGCCGAUAUUGUCAUUUGGCACCCCGAGAAAUCAUUCAAACCAUUCAACCUCACCAAUUCAAUGUUACAUCACAAUGUCGACUACACGCCCUACGAGGGCAAAGAGUUUACCAAUUGGCCUCGAUACACUAUCCUGCGCGGUAAAGUCAUGUGGGCCAAUGGCGAGAUCAAAGGGCAGCUUCGUGAUGGACAGUAUGUGAAACGAGGACCGAAUCAGUUGAAGAAGGACUCGCCGAGGAUGGAUAAGGACCCGCGUCGGGUUGCUACUUGGUUAUAUGAGUAA